GUGUAAUCAAACAGAGCGGCUCACUAGAUAACGUAUCAGUUCCUGUGUAAGUGAGAGGUCUUCCGGUACAUGAGGAGAGAAGACAAACCAGCUAGUUAGAAUACAGCCGCAAAACAAGCUCAUCUAAUUCAAGUGAUUUUCCAGUGAAUUGACAUGGCCGAGCCACGCAGCCCGGUGUCCGCUUCUGUACCCCACAACCCGAUGGUGCUGCCCACCCCAGAGGGCUCUACCCUUGAGAUGGACCCGAUGGAGUUCACCCUCCGCAAGCGUCUGCCCCGAAAACUGCCCAAACGACGGAACGACGUCUACGUCAACAUGAAAACAGACUUCAAGGCCCAGCUGGCGAGGUGUCAGAAACUUCUGGACGCUCACAGGGAAAUCUGCAUCCACGGUCUGGGACUGGCUAUCAACCGAGCCAUUAACAUCGCCCUGCAGCUCCAGACGUCCAGCCAGGGUGCGCUGCAGCUAGCGGCCAACACAUCCACCGUAGAGCUCAUAGACGAUCUGGAGCCCGAUGAUCCGGACGAGGCGGGGGAGCCGCUUACACGCACCCGAAAUAACUCCGCAAUACACAUCAAGGUGUUUUAUCCCAACCCCUAGAGCCAGUAUCAGUAUUAACACAACAAAUGACAACUUCAAAGACUUCAUAAACAUUAAUGUAAUGUUCGUGGUUUAAAGGUGAUGUCUGUUUUAUUUUGUAUGACUUCUUAAUUAAUUGCUGUGGUUUCGUUUGAGAAACAAUGUAGAAAGGAAAUGUGCCAUAUUAUAUGUUUUUCCCACUUUCAGAAACAGAAAUAAGUUUAUGUAUUUGUUUUCUCAUGUAUAGUGAACUUGUAACCAAAAAAAUCAUGCAUCAGUUGUGAUUUAAAGCUUAGUUAAAUGGAAAGUAAAAAGACAUUGUUAGACCUACCUGCUGUUUU